AUGACGGUAGAAAAGUCCGCUUCAGAUCUGAAGAGUGGUUAUACCAUCCUUCGUAUCAAACGCAAGCGCAACGAAGAACCCUUGGAUGCCCUUGUGAUCGAAUCCACUACCAGGAGGAAGAAGACGAAGCCGGGGCUCUUCCAAUUUGCUGAGACUGUUGAGCAGAAAGCAUGGGAGAACGAAGGAGAGCGGCAGAGCUUGCAGGACCGUAUAUCCGCGUUAGCCAGCACUGCUAGCUCGAAACAGCCGUUGCCGGCACCAGCUACGGUCCCUGCAACCCCUAUCUCCGCUUCACCGUCUAAAGACGGGGCGGCGCGGAGGUACCAGAUUGUCAAGAACGACUCAGAACCUAUGGUACCUCGGGAGGAUUCGACGAAAAUACGUCAAAAGCCCCUCAAAGAACCGCCGAAGGUGUUGUCGUCUCGAGAGCUGCAGGAACAGAAAGCGAGGGCCAAGUUCACGAUGUACGACGCGGUCUUAUCCGCGCCCGAGUCCUCCGAGGUCGAUUCGGAGAUGGAGAAGUUCAUGCCGAUGCUGCAGGACUAUCUGAAGAUUAACGAUAUCUCCCUCCCAGCGCCUGCUGAGACCGCAAAACCCUCACCGUCGGCUCUCCCCUCCAACGCACGACACGCGAACGCGGCGGACAAGGAUGACGCAGAAUCAGAUUACGUCUACGACGUCUUCUAUCGCCGGCCGAUGCCCGACGCGUACGACACUAAGACGUGGGAACACCUAGCGGCGAUAGGAACGUUGUCGGGCCUGCCACCUUCCAUGAACGAUUCGGACGAAUCCGACUCGGAAAGCGAGGAGGAGGAUGAAGCCGAUGAGGACUCUAAUGAUGAGAAUUACUACAAAAACGAGUAUCCAGAUACCGAAGAGUCGGACUCUAUGUCAGGCUCUGACGAUAGCGAUAUGUUCCAUGACGGACCUAACGAUGACGACCAUGAUUGA